AUGGCCCCUUACCAACAUGGUGGAGAUGGCUCCUCGGAGACGCUCAACAAUGGCGCACAGGAUGAGAAGAUCACCAAUGGCACCAUUUUCACUUCCAUCCUUGACAAGAAGAGAGACAGCAAGACUGUGGCCUCUUCCACCUCAGAGAAGGAAGGCAGCAUCGUUGAGGUUCCCUCCCCAGAGCGCAGCUUCCGGGGCAUUUCUCUGCUGCCCCCCUGCUUGAAACGCUGGCUCCUCGCCCGCCCGGCUGCCCGAGCUCAGCAGAUUGAGGAGUUGCGCUCCAAGGUCGUCAAACGCCGCGAGAACUAUGCGGAUUUACUCUCGGAGUGGAAGAGGGCGGCCCGCGAGGCCCGCCACCGACGCAAGGCAUGGCUCGAGGACAAGGAGGUCGAAGGGUGGCAGAAGUACAAAUACUUCAGUUUCAACACGAAGGUCCGGUACGCGGUUGAGGGCGAAGAGGCCAGGGCCGUGACCCGGGCGCCGUUGGCCUUGGACUUCCGCACGCUGGAGGGCAAGCGUCAGGCGGCCUUUUUGUUUGAGAACUACUAUAAACAACAGAAGGAAUCGUGGACGAAGCUCAUAGCCCAGUGUGAUGGAUGGGAGCAGAAUUAUCAAAAGUGGGUGCACAGCUCGGCUUGCCGGUCUGUGCGGGAGAGGCAGGCCAAGGUACUGCUCGAGUGUGUCGAGAUACCAGACUGCAAGAGGUGCAAGAUUUGGUUCGUCGUCCUGCCCGACUGA